GAUUAAAAAGACUAAAUGAAGUCAAUAAGCUUUCAAGUGAAAAUACAAAGAUGCACUUUAGUUUUCUGGAAAAUUUGGUGAUUUUUAAUUAUUACAGAAAGUGAGACUAGAUUUCCAUUUAAGUUGAAAAACGGGACAAGAGUGCGUACAGCACAUCCGUUCGAAGACCUUUCAAAACAGAGGCUAAUUAAAUAUAUGUAUAUGUUCAAAGGUUGUGUUUCUACUUGAAUGAUAAAAAAGAAACAAUGCGUCUCGACAAAAGUUCAAUUGGUUUUUUUAAAAAUUCAUUUUUCAUAUUUGUGAACUCUGGUUUACUUUCGGUGAAAACCCUGUGAUGGUCCCUGAUCUAUCUCCAGUCUCUCUGUAUUGAAAUAAAUUAUCAAGAAAUGAAGCAGCGAGUCGAAUGUAUCUAUUGUGUGCCUUAGUAAUAUGGUAUAUCUACUGAAGAAUUUUUUAUGCUGCAUACCAUUGCGCACUGGUACUCAAAUUGUCAUAUGGAUAACGUGCCUGACGAGGUUGCUACUGGUCUUCACGACGAUAUACCUGGCCACGUCUUUGCUGCGAAGCGAGGCGAAUCAAGUCGUCACGAAUUACCCGCGUCCCUCCAACAGCUCCUUCUAUUACGAAAUCGGCCACGGAAUUGAUCAGCUACUGUUCUUCACGAAAGGAACAUAUAUUCAACGGUAUGUUAUCAUGACGGGUAUCACGGCUUUCUUCCAAAUCAUAGCCUGCGCUCUCGGAAUUUUUGCCUUGGAUAAGGGGCGACCAGAUUAUUUUCUACCAUGGCUCAUUAUGUUCAGUCAAGCGUGUAUAACAGAGACGGGAGUCUCUUGCACAAAUCUCGCCAUCAUGGGUGUUUUAGGUCAAUAUCCGGAGUAUUUCAUAGCUGAUGCCAUCAAUGCAGUUUCACAUGGUGUCUUCUUAGCGUAUUUUAUCUGGGUAGUGUUCAGUUUUUACAAGAAAGAGAAGCUCAGAACAGGAAGACCAAUGCCAAGGGCACCUCCAUACUACCCACCAUUUUUGGGAGAGACCAACCCACCCUAUAACCCGGCUGUUCAAAGUAGAGCCAAAGCCUCAACAUUACCUGCUGGGUUUGAGACUCAUUGCGAAUUUACAAAAGUUGGAACUUAAUGCGUGCAGUCUCUUUUGAUAACAAAGCAUUAACUACUGAAGAAGUCAAGCCAGGAUUAAAAAGCGAGGUUUGUAUUAGAACAGCUUCGGUCUCGCUGUCCGACCAGUGAGGAGAACUUAAGUUGUCUGAGGACAAAAGCCGCUUUUGGGCCACUACAGCCGUGCAUUGGUAACUGAAUAUCAGUCAGAAUAAUAAUAUACA